GGGGGUGGUUUUAUCAAACCCACUGAUUCCCAUGCAAAUUCAUCUUUAUAAACACCCACCAACCCCUUACUCCCACGAGCUCUCUCUCCUCUCUCUCUCUCUCUCUCUCUCUCUCUUUACUCUUUAGAGCUUUUCUUUUUUAUCAGUCUCCCCUGCAACUGCACUACACUAGUGUUUUCAGGAUGAUGAUGAGAAACUAAUUUAGUGGGUUAAAUUAUAUAGAAAACAAAACCAAUAAAACAAAAAUAAAUACAUGCGCUUAUUAUGAUCAUAACCGGUCAUUUUCGUUUUAUUGCUUCUUUUUCUUUCAUGUUAUGUUGGGGGCUUUGGUUUUAACAUUGUGCUUUGGGCUUUAUUGUCAUGACAAUAAUACUUGUCUUCUUCUUACAAAUUGAAUCUUUUUCUCAGUGAGUAUGCAUAUACACACACAUAUAUGUAGAUAGAUACCUUUGAAGGUAAAAGUAAAAACAGAGAAGAGAAAAAUACAAAGUUUCUGGUGUUUGGUGUCUGGUGCAUGCAUGUCCUGUCGUUCUAUCAAGACUAGUCAGUGAGACUGCUUCGUUUUUGUGUCGAUUCUGAGACCAAGGAUUCUUUCUUGCUCAGAGAAUUAAAGGAAAAGAAGAGCGAGAAAGUCGGGGAAAAAGUUUUUCUUUUAUAAAAGAAAGGGGAAGAUUUAUUGGGUUUACUCUGUUUCUGUCAAAAAUGGAGGUUACUGAGCUCUAGCAAGGAGAAAUUUUUUUCAAUGGAACUUUUUCUAGGGUGUCUUGUUUGUUUACAGAGUGGUUGAUUUCCUUAUUAUUGUACCACAAUCGUUUCAUCCAUCAUUAUUUAACACAAGUAAUGAGUAGUAACAGUAAAAAAAAAUCCCAACUUUGGAGCUCGAAGGUGUCAUCUAUGGCGGUUUCAGGUUGAAAAGGCUUGACUCUUUUUCAUUCCAGGUAUGCUUAGGAAGAGAUCUGGAGUCACAACUACAGCCACUAAGCAAGCUCUAAUGGCGGAUUAUACAGCUCAACCUUCUCCUACUGAAUAUUACAGAAAACCCAUUUUGUCUCUCUUUCGUUCUCCAAGCCUUUUCACUAGUUUCACUUCUUCAAAAGGCUUCUCUGAAACAGAAACCGUAUUAAGCCCAACCUCCAUACUGGAUAGCAGUAAACCCUUCUCAAAUAAUCUCAAAAACCCCUUUUGCUCCGAGUCAAAUAUUAGUAACCCCAAAUAUCCAGACCGCGAAACCAAACGCCCCUGGGACAAAAUAGGCUCCAAAGGAAUCGGUCUCGGAAUUGUGGAUGCUCUCAACAACGAGAAACCGGGUCACAAACCAUCGAAACCCGAGACACGAAUGGUCCUAUUCGGGUCAUAUCUCAAGAUCCAAAUACCACCUUCUUCAGUACUUUCCCCAGCUGAGUCCCCGAAAUCUCCAGGCGAUUUCGGAAUCAAGACUCGAAAUUCCCAACUGGGUUCUUCUCCUUUUGGAAAAUCAGCAAUUGGGUCUACAAAUUUUGGGGUUGAAACUCAAAAUUCGAAUUCCCCUCGGGUCUUUACUGGUUCUCUGCCUAGUAGUACGGAGAUGGAGCUGUCAGAGGAUUAUACUUGUGUAAUCACCCAUGGACCAAAUCCUAGAACCACACAUAUUUAUGAUAAUUGCAUUGUUGAAAGCCCUGGUGGCACUUUGGGAUUUACAUCAACCAAAAAAGAUGAUCACACAAUUACCUAUCCUUCACAGAAUUUUCUCAGCUUUUGUUAUACAUGCAAGAAGAAGCUUGGCCCAGGAAAAGAUAUUUACAUGUACAGGGGUGAAAAAGCAUUUUGUAGUGAUGAAUGUCGAUAUGAGGAGAUGAUGUUGGAAGAAGGAGCUGAGAAUAAACAUUAUGAUAGUGUUUAAGCCAAUCGCUUCUAAAUAAAAGCUCUCUUCUCUUCCUCUAAAUAUAUAUGCCAUCAAACUGAUUUUGCUUCAACGAUCCACGAACCUACUUGGCAACUUGUCAAGCUCUUAUAAUCGAUUUAUACAUAUGAAAUCAAAGGCAGAUUAAUAUAGAAGUAAAGAUGGUAAUGAACUUGAAAAAUAAAACACACAUAGAGAGAGAGAUAAGGAUAUUUUUAUUUUCGAAACCUUUUUGGGGGGCCUUAUGCCUUAAUUACUUUCAUCAAUUCUCUUCUUCAAGGGUAGAGAAAAAAGGGAGUGAAAAAAGGCUGGGAUAAUAUUUUGUAGAGUUAUUUUUCUUUUCCUUUUGAAUUUGACGAGUAGUAGUAGUCCACAGUUUUUGGGUUUUCAAGUUUUGUAAUGAUCUUGACUAAGCCUGGCAUUAUCUUAAGUUUAUUUUAUAGUAAAAUACAUAAUAGAUCAUUUUUUUCGUGGUA